UGUUUUCUAGGAGCCACAGAAUUGUUUCCUGUAGAGAGGCGCUCUCUCAUGGAGUGACUUGCUGGGUCUUCAUGCAGUCAUGGAUAUGGAUAAACCGUCUGUCUGGGGCUCUUUGAAACAGCGGACCAGGCCUUUGUUAAUCAACCUGAGCAAGAAGAGGGGGAAAAAGAACUCCAACAAGCCCCUAGACUUACGAGCAAGGCGUUCCCUGGACCGCCGCCUCAGCCUCUCUGUCCCCGACCUCCUGGAGGCAGAGGCCUUGGCCCCGGAGGGGCGGCCUUACUGUGGGCCCCAGUCAUCCUACACCUCGGUGCCCAGCAGCCUGUCGACAGCAGGGAUCUUUCCCAAGAGCAGCAGUAACUCCUUGAAACAGUCUGAAGACGAAUUGGAUUGGAGCCAGGAAGAAGCGGGACACCUCCACGUGGUGGAAACAGACUCGGAGGAGGCCUACGCUUCUCCCGCCGAGGACAGGAGGCCUUCCAGCAAUGGCAUCUUGGAUCCGCUCCAGAAAACUCCCGUUGAAGAGGAUACACUGGAAGAGCCAGAGAAGCUAUGCGGAAGUGGUGAUCUGAAUGCUUCUCUGACGUCCCAACAAUUUGAAGAACAAUCUAUGUUUGGGGAAGCCGGUGAUGGCUUGAGUAACCUGCCCAGUCCUUUUGCCUACCUCCUCACCAUCCACCUGAAGGAAGGCCGGAACCUGGUCAUCCGAGACCGCUGUGGCACAAGCGAUCCCUAUGUGAAAUUUAAGCUGAAUGGGAAGACGCUGUACAAAAGUAAAGUCAUAUAUAAGAACUUGAACCCAGUUUGGGAUGAGAUAGUUGUACUUCCAAUUCAAAGCCUUGAUCAAAAGCUCCAUGUGAAGGUAUAUGAUCGAGAUUUAACUACAUCUGAUUUCAUGGGUUCUGCAUUUGUCAUUCUCAAAGAUCUUGAGCUUAACAGAACGACUGAACAUAUUUUAAAAUUGGAAGACCCAAACAGUUUAGAAGAGGAUAUGGGGGUGAUUGUAUUAAAUUUGAGCCUAGUAGUAAAAUACGGUGAUUUCAAGAGACAUCGUUGGUCAAAUCGGAAACGAUUGAGUACCAGCAAGUCCUCUUUGAUACGUAACCUGCGGCUCUCAGAGUCCUUGAGAAAGAACCAACUUUGGAACGGGAUUAUAAGUAUAACGUUGUUGGAAGGGAAGAAUGUCUCAGGAGGAAGCAUGACAGAGAUGUUUGUCCAGUUAAAACUGGGAGAUCAGAGGUAUAAAAGUAAGACACUGUGUAAGAGUGCAAAUCCGCAGUGGCGGGAACAGUUUGACUUUCACUACUUCUCUGACAGGAUGGGCAUUUUGGACAUUGAAGUGUGGGGAAAGGACAGCAGAAAGCACGAGGAGCGUCUGGGCACGUGCAAAGUGGAUAUCGCGGCCCUGCCGCUCAAGCAAGCCAACCGCUUGGAACUGCCUCUGGAGAGCUGCCUGGGGGCUCUCCUGAUGUUGAUCACACUUACUCCCUGUGCCAGAGUCUCGGUCUCAGAUCUCUGCGUGUGCCCCUUGGCAGACCCCGGCGAAAGAAAGCAGAUUGCCCAGCGAUAUUGCUUACAGAAUUCCCUGAAAGAUAUGAAAGACAUCGGCAUUUUACAAGUGAAGGUUUUAAAGGCAGUAGAUCUCUUAGCAGCAGAUUUCUCAGGAAAGAGUGAUCCUUUUUGCUUGUUGGCGUUAGGCAAUGACCGACUUCAGACACACACCAUUUACAAAAACCUCAACCCCGAGUGGAACAAAGUUUUUACAUUUCCUAUUAAAGAUAUCCAUGAUGUUUUGGAAGUGACAGUGUUUGAUGAAGAUGGAGAUAAACCUCCUGAUUUUCUUGGAAAAGUUGCCAUUCCCUUGCUGUCCAUUCGAGAUGGACAACCAAAUUGCUACGUGUUGAAGAAUAAAGAUUUAGAACAAGCUUUUAAAGGAGCUAUUUACUUGGAGAUGGACCUCAUAUAUAAUCCGGUCAAAGCAAGUAUUAGGACCUUUACUCCCAGAGAAAAGCGCUUUGUUGAAGAUACCCGCAAGCUGUCCAAGAAGAUCUUAUCAAGGGAUAUAGACCGUGUGAAAAGAAUCACCAUGGCAAUGUGGAAUACAAUACAGUUCCUUAAAAGCUGCUUCCAGUGGGAAUCCACGUUGAGAAGUGCUGUUGCAUUCGUGGUAUUUUUAGUCACUGUCUGGAAUUUUGAACUGUACAUGAUCCCCCUGGCAUUGUUGCUACUCUUCAUCUACAAUUUCAUCACACCCACAAAAGGGAAGGUUGGCAGCAUCCAGGACAGCCAGGAGAGCACAGACUUAGAGGAAGAGGAGGAUGAAGAUGACAAGGAAUCUGAGAAAAAGGGGUUAAUUGAGAGAAUCUAUAUGGUACAGGAUAUUGUUUCAACUGUUCAAAACAUCUUGGAGGAAAUAGCUUCUUUUGGAGAAAGAAUUAAAAACACGUUUAACUGGACGGUCCCGUUCCUCUCGUUCCUGGCCUGUUUGAUCCUGGCAGUGACCACCAUCGUUUUGUAUUUUAUUCCACUCCGGUACAUCAUUUUAAUCUGGGGCAUAAAUAAAUUUACGAAGAAGCUUCGAAAUCCCUAUGCCAUCGACAAUAAUGAGCUGCUAGACUUCCUCUCCAGGGUACCAUCUGAUGUUCAAAAGGUGCAGUAUGCAGAAUUGAAACUCUGCAGCAGCCAGAGCCCCCUUCGGAAGAAGCGCAGCGCUCUCUAGGACCCACGCCAGCCUUGGGCACCAGCACCCGAUUCCCUGUUGGGUUGAUUAGACCAACACUCUCUGUUUCCGGGGUGGUACCCAUGGUGUUAUUCUGAAAUGCGUGGAGCCCUCCCUGUACUCUCCCUGCUUCUCCACGUGCGCCAAUGCACACCCAUGUGCUCACAUCCACACACGCAUGGGUGUGCUGGUUGCUUAGCGGCUUGGCCCGUCAGAAGGAAACAAUCUAGCGACCGUGGAAGACUGAGGUCCCUUCUCAAAUAGGAGGUAAAGUAAGGUGGCCAGGGGUCUGAACAACCUCCUCGAGAAUGGCUGGGAGACCACCUGGAUGCAAGUGUGACUCCGAACUUGUUUUCCUACCUCCAACAGAUUCUCCUUAAGAUUCAGUUUUUUCCUCUCGCGUUUGCACACUCCUUUCAGAUUAUCGGGCAUGUGAGUCCAUUUCUUUCUCUUGAGUUCACAGGUCUCUGGUAGUAGCAUCAUCUCCCCAACGAGUGUCUCUUAUAAGUAGAUUUUUUAAUAAUUACCAGGAUUAGCACAAGCCUUUGGGAGUCCUGCGCCAUGAUUACUGAAGACGUGUGUGGACAAUGGCAGUCAGCUCCCCAGUGCUGGAUGCCAGUGUGUAUGGCAGUCCGUUGCAGGCAGUGGAAGCCUUGCAAAGGUCCAAAGGGACCAUUCAUCCAAAAAGUGAAGGUUACAUGAGAGUAUUUGGUUACCUUACAAACGCCAUAUCUUCUGACUGGACUUCGCUUAUUUCCAAAAUAGAAUGUCAAUAUUAGAGCUUCAGAGAGAGGGGGAUGAAUGAAUGAAUUCUGAAAGUAUUUAGGAAGACGGAGAAAGGCUGAGGAGCAAGGGACUAAUUUAUGGCUGCUUUACCUGAUUGUCAUAACCACUGUAUUUGCCCGCAUUUUUGAGCAGAAAGUAAAAAUAACUCAGCCGUCCAAAUUGAUCUUUUGUUCCUGAGCAAGAUAAGCUACACAUAAUGCAUAUAUAUCUCAGAACCCCAUUCCUUGAAAAGCACUACCCCAAGGUCGUCUUAAAAAACAGCUGAUUACUUCAGACCCCACCAUUUCAUAGUACCCCCAAGUAAAAACCCCGAUUUUAUGCAUAUAUAAAAUACACGCAAAUAUCCUUCUGUUCAAAUGAUAUUUAAGUUGUAAAGACUGUAUUUUGUUGACACAUACUCUGUGCAGUUUUAUAUAUAACAUAUAUAUAUAUAUGUGUGUGUGUGUGUGUGUAUUGUAAAGAAAAGUUGAGGUAAAAAGACCUGAUUUAAUAGUUUUAUUUUUUUUUUCUCUCUGGGCUGUAAUUUAAUAAUCUUCAAACAAAAUGUUUAUGAAAAAUGCCAAAGAUUCUAAACCUUA